GGCAGCACUCAAUGUUAUUCUGCAUCAGUGCGUGUCGCUCUUUUAGCUGUCAGAACUGAGGAGUUUGUUGUGUCCAGAUUUUCGGUGUUUAAUCUGAAAAGAUGGAGGAGUACCAUUCUGGAGAUGAAGUGUCUUUCAGCCCAGAUGAAGCAAGUAAUGUCGUUAAAGAGUGCAUCGAGGGUAUAAUUGGAGGUGUGGACUACAGCCAGAACAAAGUGAACCAGUGGACAGCCAGCAUAGUCGAACACACACUCACUCAGCUAGUCAAGCAGGGAAAACCAUUUAAGUACAUUGUUAACUGUGCUGUGAUGCAGAAAAGCGGUGCAGGUCUUCAUACAGCAAACUCUUGUUACUGGGACACUACUACUGAUGGAAGCUGCACAGUCCGGUGGGAGAAUCGCACCAUGUACUGUGUCGUCAGUGUGUUUGCUGUGGCUAUUGCGUUGUGAGCAGGAACCAAGGCUGAUACGUGCACAAACGCAGGCACAGAAGGGCAACUCUACCAUCGCCCUGAUGAUCACUUCCUAAAGUCUGUUUUGAAGCUGUCUGCUGCAAAAACCUCGACUGAGGAAUGACUUAAACCAUGUUCAUCUUUGUUUAUGCCCAAAUCACAAAGCUUAGACUGUAUUGCAAGUGCUUGUCUAUCAUGCAAACAUUGUACCUGUAGUUGCCUUUUCUUUUCUUUUUUUACUUGCAAAGGUAACACAUCUUUGCUCUAUAUAGAAUGAAAUGCAAAUACACAAAAAAAUGAACAGUUUUACUCAAUCCUCCCAUGUUCAUCUUACUCAAAAAAUUCCAAGGCAACCAAGGAAAAUUAAAUUAACUUGAGUUGAUUAAACAAAAAAAAAA